AUAAAGUGGUGAGCAAACUACCUCAAACAAAGAACCAAUUCUUCGGCAACUCAUUGCUCAUUGUUAACCUCCUCUCUUCCUUGAUCCCAAUGGCUUCUUCUUCUUCUUCUUCCAAACCUAGAAAGAGUUAUGACGUCUUCUUGAGUUUCAGAGGUCCAGAUGUCCGCAAUUACUUCCUUGGUCAUCUCUACACAGCUCUAGACAGGGUGGGAAUAAGCACUUACAAGGACGAUGAAGAACUGAGGAAGGGAGAGCGAAUAUCGACCGAGCUCAUGAAGGCGAUUUGGGAGUCGCGCAUAGCGGUCGUCGUUUUCUCCAAGAUCUACGCCUCUUCGACGUGGUGUUUGGAAGAGUUGGUGGAGAUCAUGGAGUGCAAGGAGCAAGGAGACCUCAUGGUCUUUCCGGUGUUUUACAAAGUGGAUCCUCGUGAAGUGAGAACACCGAGAGAGAGUUACCUAGAAGCUAUGGCUAACCAUGAGCGAAAAUUCGAGAAGGAUUUGGAGAGAGUAGGGAGAUGGAAGAAUGCUCUUUCCGAGGCUGGUAGCUUGUCCGGGUGGCAUUUUACUGAUGGAUCUAAGGUGUCAAGCCCGGGUCGACUUGACAAAAACAGAGAAAGGGAGUUGCAAGAACCGCUGGGUCACGAGAAGGCGACAGAUGCGGCAUGGUGGCAGGGGCGCGACGGUGGGGGGAACGCAAUGAGGGCGGCCGUGGGGCCAGUGGUGAAGGCGGACGGAAGCAUAUUCUUUUCUCACUUUGUCUCGGAAUAUGAAGCGGGCUUUAUACAGCAAAUCGUUGAGGAAAUCUCAACUCAAUUGGGUCGUGUGCCACUAGAUGUAGCCAAAUAUCCGGUUGGGAUAGAUUCCCGAGUACAACAGUUGAGAACAAUCUUAAAUCUAUGGUCCAAGGAUGAUGUUCUUGUGGUAGGAUUAUGGGGACAAGGAGGUGUAGGGAAGACAACCCUUGCUAAAGCCAUUUAUAAUGCUAUGUUUAGAGAGUUUCAAGGUUCUAGUUUCUCGGAACGUGUUAGAGAAAAUAGCAAAAGUCCCAGUGGUUUGGUUGCUUUGCAAGAAAAAUUGCUAUCAGAGGUAUUAUUGGGGAAGACCUUUAAGGUUUGUAGUGUUGCAAGAGGAAGUUGUUUGAUUCGAGAUAGACUCCAUAAUAAGAAAGUUCUCAUUAUCCUCGAUGAUGUUGAUGAUGCAUGGCAGUUAGAUGCUUUAGCUGGAAAUUGCCAAUGGUUCGGCAAUGGAAGUAGGAUAAUUAUCACAACAAGAGAUAAGCAUAUCCUAGUUUCUCAUGGGGUAAAUCGGGAUCAUAUGUAUGAAGUUGAAGCUCUUGACAAUAGUGCAGCUCUUGAACUUUUUAGAAAGCAUGCUUUUCAAGGAAAUCAAGAAAUAGAAAUAAGCAACAAUCUUGUUGACAGGGUUUUACAUUAUGCUAGAGGCCUUCCUUUGGCUCUUGAAGUGUUGGGUUCUUCCUUGUGUGGGAGAGGAGAAAAUCAAUGGAAAAGUACCUUGCAAAAACUUGCCAAAAGUCCCCACAAAAAAAUCAACGACGUGCUAAAGGUAAGUUAUGAUGGAUUGGAGGACUACGCAAAGGAGAUUUUUCUCGACAUUGCUUGUUUCUUCAAAGGACGAGAUGCAGAGUACAUUAAGAAAGUUCUUGAUAGUUGUGAUUUCGACACGAUUAUUGGGAUAAACAAUCUCAUUGAGCGCUGCUUGAUUAAGGAUGAGCAAGGGACCUUAGAAAUGCAUGACUUAAUACAAUCAAUGGGUAUGGAUAUCGUUAAAGAAGAAUGUCGAGAUGAUCCCGGAAAAAGCAGUAGGUUAUGGCUUUAUGAUGAUGUUCUUGAUGUUCUACAAGGAGAUGUGGGAACAGAUUCAAUAAAAGCCAUAGUGUUGAAGCUACAAAAGCCAGAAGUGAAGUAUAUCAGCCCAAGUGCUUUCACAAACAUGAGAAAGCUGAGGUUGCUCAUCCUGCAUAAUGUAGAGAAUUCUUUUUCUGGUCCCAUCCAUCUACCUAAUGAGUUAAGGUGGUUUGAAUGGCCUCGAUGUGCCUCGAUUCCAGAAUUUAGAGAUGGUCCAAAGAAGUUAGUUGGACUUGAUCUAUCGAAUACCAACAUCACACGAGUGUUGAAACAAUUUAAGUGCUUUGGAAAAUUGAAAUUCAUUAACCUCAGCAGUUGCCCGUCGCUGGUUUGUAUGCCGGACCUCUCUUGUACUCCAACUCUCAAGGAAUUGGAUCUCUCUGGUUGCGAAAACUUGGAGCGUGCCCAUGAAUCAAUUGCGUAUCAUGGAAAGUUACAGAAGUUAGAUUUAGGUAGGUGCCCCAAAUUGCAAAGAUUCCCUGAUAUUCCAAAUAAAAACAAAAGCUUGCGAGAAGUUUAUUUAAACCGGACUUCGAUUGUGGAAUUGCCUGCAUCGAUAGGAAAUCUGGUCUCUCUUGAGAAAAUGGUCCUAAAUGAUUGCGAGAAACUGACGAUCCUUCCAUCUAGCAUUUACAGAUUGCAAAAUCUUCUCGAUCUAAGGCUUACUUGCUGCUCAAAGCUAAUUAAGUUUCCGAAGGUGGAGGAGGAUUCGAGUGAUCCUCAUACAAAGACGGGAUUUCCUAUGUUGUCGGAGUUGUACCUUGGCGGGUGCCAUCUCCCAGAACUACAAGAGAUCCCUAAGGUUCCAGAGAAAUUGAGAAGCUUGGAUGCGUCUGGUUGCAAAUCUCUGAGUAGAAUUCCUUCCAACUUAUUUGAUGUGGAGGAUGUUGAGUUAUGUUCAUGUCCUGAGCUGGUCCGUAAUGGGUUGUCCGUGAAUGAUUGGUUCAUGCUUGAGGAGAAAUUUCAUGGCAAAACUCGUCACCACGCUGUUCUACCUGGAGGAGAGAUGCCAAAGUGGUUGCUCCCCAAUAAAGAAGGUUAUAUAUCGUUCGUGGUUUCAAAGGAUUUGUAUAAGAAAUUCCUCGGAGUAGCUUUCUGUUUUGUAUUUCGAGCAGAAGAAGAGAGGUAUCGCAGCUUUACGCUCAACGUAUCCGUUAAUGGUAAACACAGUAUGGAUUAUCGUCAUGAUUUCAAAUCAUUUAAUUUGGAUCAUGUGUAUCUUGGUUAUCGGAAAACAAAGGAUAUGUUGAGAGGAGAUUAUUUUGGUCCAAAUGGCCUGAGUCAUUUUCAUUUUAGCAUUAGAGUAGAUAGAGACCUACGUAGCAAGACAAUUGUCAAAAAGUGUGGAUUUCGACUAAUAUGCAAGCCAUUGGAGAAUGAUUUGGAGGUUUUGCUUCAAGAUGGUCAGUUGCUGGAUCCAGCUUUACUCUACGAGGUUGGGUAUGAAGAUAGUCAAAUGAGCUCAGAGGAGGAAAGUUCAAGUGAAACAGGAGAUUUACAAGAUAGUCAAACGAGCACCGAGGAAGAUGGUUCAAGCGAACUAGUUUACAAAGGAUUCGACAUUGCUGACUUCUCAAUUGAGAAGGACCGCUAUUCCCAUAUUGAUUCUUGUUACCGAAAAGUUCGCCCUGGAGGAGAGAUGCCAAAGGAGUUUGUCCUUGUUGAAGGCUGUGCCAUAUCAUUCAUGGCUUCACAGGACUUGUACGACAAGUUCCUAGGAUUGGUCCUCUGUGUUGUUUUCGGUGUAGAAGAUGGAAAAAAGGAAAUAUCUUUCGAUAUUGUGCCACAUGUUGGCGGCCAAAGGCGGAAUGUGCUAGCUGGAACUCUCGGUUCAUUUGAUUCGGAUCACGUGUGGAUUCAAUAUCUCGUACCAAAUGUGUUGUGGGGAAUGUUGGAGGGAGCAGUUGAUUUCAGUCAAUUUGAGGAGAGUUAUUUACAAUUUAGCCUUGCAGUCAGAGUAUCCGGGGGAACUGUGAAAAAAGUGGGAUAUUUACUAAGUUGCAGGAGAUUAGAGGAUGAUUUGAAGGUUGUGCUUGAAGAUAAUCAAUUAAUGGAUCUGGCUUCGCUCCGUGAAGAGUCGUUUGAGGCAGAAGACAUUGGCUGGAGAUUUCGUUAUUUCACACUUACGUAA